AGUGUGUGCCCGAGCUGCGGUGGCCGGCAAACGUUCCUAACAGGACCGACAAGGCCAGAAGGGAGCGUCGUUCUCUGACAUGGCGCCCUCCAGAUGUGUGCCAUUACAACUCCUGUCAUUCCCAGGCGGCAUGAGCUGUGUUGGCUGGGGAUGGUGGGAAUUGCAGUUCAGCACGUCUGGAGGGCGCCUGGUUGCGGACGUUUGUUCUGUUUGCCUGGCCAUGCUUCUGGGGUGCUUCAGAACAAGACAUUUGGAGCACCCCCGUUUGGGAAAGGCUGAUCUAGAGGGCGGAGGAGGAGGAGGAGAAGGACCGUGGCCUACGUGGCAACCCCUUGAAACUCUGGCGCUUUUUCUUUCUAGCUGUCGAGCCCGGAAAGCUUCGGCCAGCUCUUCUCCCCUGCCGCUGACGUGCCUCAGGAUUUCCGUGUUUCUUUAAGGGCUGAGGAUCGCUUCUCAUUUCUUGAACCGGGGCCAGAUUAGACGUGACGCUUUCUCAUGGCACAUUAUUGAUUUUUCUUUAGUUAAAGGAACAUGGCAACUCAGAGCUCCACAUCACUGCAAGAUUUGAUCCGGGAAGAUUUUCUGACCUGCAAAAUCUGCUAUGACUUGUAUGCGGUGCCCAAAAUCCUACCAUGUCUGCAUACCUAUUGCCUUGGAUGCCUGGAGCCCCUGGUGGAGAAUGGAGCCUUGCAGUGUCCUGAGUGCCGCCUGCAGAUAGAAGUCCCAGAAGGUGCUGCUGGCCUGAAGACCAACUUCUUCAUCAAUGGUCUCUUGGAGCUGUUCCAGAUGAAGCACAAGAAGGACCUUGAGUGUACAGUCUGUUCUAAUGUGCAGAAAGUUGUAGCUGCCACCUCGCGUUGCCUGGAUUGCAAGGAUUUCUUGUGCCAGAUGUGUACUCAGGGCCACUGCUGCUCCCGCCUCACUCUGCAUCAUAAGGUAGUGAACCUGGAAGAGUUCCUGGCUGGGCAUUAUGAUGCUGAGGUGAGGUUCUUACAGGAGUUGUGUUGCCAGAGUCAUCCGCAAGAGGCGCUCCGCUUUUUCUGUGACACCUGCAGUGUGCCCAUCUGCAGAGACUGCCGCAUGCUGGACCAUUUUCAGCACAAAGUGGUCUCCAUGGCCAGUGCGGUGCAGCGGGAAAGGCCCUCUGUGGAGCAGCUGAUCAAGAGCCUGCAGAGAAUAAUUACUGGCAUCUCUGAACAAGAGAAAGCUAUGGAAGAGGCGAUGGACAAACUGAAAGCAGACGGAGAGCAUGUCAAGGAGAAGAUCUGCAGAUACGUGGAAGAGAUUACAACUUACAUUUUUGCCCAGAAGGAAUCUGCUUUGGCUAAACUGCAUGUCUCCCUAACUGAACAGUUGGAAGGAUUUCGCAUAGCACGAAAGGAGCUGCAGAUUCAGAAGGAUAAAGCGAUGAGCACUCAGCAGUUUUCUCAGCACAUCCUUGGUGUAGGGAAGGACUAUGAGAUUCUUUAUCUAGAAGGAAUGAUUAGGAAUAGGGUGGAGGAGCUUCAGGCGUACAAACUGCAGCAGUUUCCCAGCCCCAUCCCAGAGCUGGUCAUUGCCUGGGAUAAUUCUCAGCAACUCUCUGAAGCACCACUUUUCCGUUUUGUGUUUCCUGGGCAGCAGCCAGAAAGAGAUGCGCAGUGCUUGGAGCCAGAGAGCCAAGUGCUCUCUUCUGUUGGAGAGGAGAGUGGCGAGGCUACUGACACACUUUCAGAUGCAGACUCCUGUGCAACUGUGUCUGACUCGUCCGCAUCCACUGGCUGGAGAAUACAAGCUGAGUAUGCUUUUAGCUUUGGAUUGGAUCCAUCCUGCUCCAGGAAAAAACCCAAUAUCACUGGGAUUGCUGUGGUACCCCACACCGGCCAAGUCCUCCUUUUGGAUCAGGCAAAUGAUGAGAUCAAGCAGUAUAGCCCUGGUGGUGAGUUCCAGGGAAUUCUUCUUCUGCCCGAUCCUGAUUCUGAUUCUCUCUUCUGUGGUAUUUCUGUUUGUGGUGAGAUCCUGGCCUGUUCCUCAGAGACUCAUCUUUAUUUUUUGACCCUGGAUGGUGCAUUCUUGCGUAAAUUGCAGAUGAGAGGCUCCGAGACCUCCUAUGCCCUCGCCUCCUAUCGGGACUCUUAUGUGGCUGUGAGCGAGGGAACUCUGUGUUCUAUCUCUUUGUACAAUCCAUCUGGAUUGUGUGUUGGCAGAGUCCAGCCAGAGAGCUAUCAUGGGGGCAAAUUCCUGUUCAUUGCUGUUAAUAACUUGGAAGAGUUUGUCGUCUCAGAUUUCAUCAAAAAGCAGAUUGUGAUCAUGGAGAAAUCUGGGGCAGUUCUGAAGGUGCUGAAACCGACAUCUUCACUGCUGACAAGGCCAUUCAGCGUCUGCGUUGAUGAAGACAGGAACAUCUUUGUGGUAGAUCAGUUCAAAGUGAUUCAGUUCUCAUCAGAUGAUGAGACUGGGAGGGUGGUGCUGAAUGACCAGGGUCAGGUGAGAAGACCCAGAGUCUUGGCCAUUGAUAAUGGCAAUCUCAUUUUAGUGAGAGAAGAUGGAAGUACUGAUCUCUAUUGCCUAUAGUUUGCUGUUUCUUGAUGGGGUAUGAAUCAAGUGCCUAAUUAUACCAGUGCUGAGCCCUCUGGCUGGCAAGAUGUCAGAAGGGCCCCACACUGUUACAUUCGCUAGACACUGGGAUGGAUGUCCGAACCAAGGCUGCUGGACAGGAUCAGACUUUGGAUCAGAAAUACUGCUGCAGUCAAAUGCAAUUUGCAUCGCUGAAGGCUUCCUGCUGCACUUGACUUGCAGUGCCUGUCUUGGAAAUAAUGACGAUAGAGAAAGAUUGUCAGUGGCCUUUAAACUAUACUUUGUAUUCACACACAGCAGUUUGAUCUUGACUUUGCCCAGACUACCAGAAUCUGCUGCUCAGAUCUGUUUGCCAGACAAAGGACCUGCCUUGCUUUUGGAACCAGCAUUCUUGUCUUCUCUGAAAUGGGUAGCAGUGGCAGAUGUUGUGGGAGCAGAACUGGGUUUGCUGUUUGUUCAGUGAGCUAUAGACUACUUGUUCCUUUUCCAGCUGAAUGUGUAGAUUCCAACCAUCAGGGCUGGUGCUGAGAAUCUUGGUCCAGCCUUUCUAUUUAUAGAGACUAAGUAGGCUUAUUACAUUCCAUUUCUUGCUGCUGCUGCUAUGUAGCAAAGACAGUUGUGUCUUGCUGUUGCUUGAUUAGUUUGGGGGAUGUGAUGGAGCAUCUUGCUUAAUUUGAAUUAGGCCUGGUGGUGAGGGCAUGUGUACAAAAUGCAUUGUGUGUGGUUUUUGGAAAUUAGGAUGGGCAUUUUCACAUGCAUACAUUUCACCACAGAGCAGAUGCUUUUGCGUAGUUUCUGGGUACCCAUGCCAUUGUAAUUUAAAAAAGUACUUAUCCUCUCUCUAUCAAGUGUGUCACCUUUAUAGAUGACUGUGCAGCAAGUUGUUGAACUGAUGUCAGGUGCAGUAUAUUCCAGGGUUGACAGUAAAAGAUAAAAGGAUCAGUUCUGGGAUCCUUAUAUAACAUACAUUUUUUUCUAUUAGGCUCAUAGCUUAAGACACAUGUUUUAAUAUGCAUACCCAAUCAGUGCAGAGAAAUAUGACGGUGAAUAGCCAUGAUUAGCUGCUGUCCAGUCUUUCUGCAGUGUAUUUCAGUGAAAAGUAACCAUUCAUUAUCCUCUGGCUUCUACUUCUGUGCUGAAGGAUGGACUUGUAACUUUUCUUAAGGACACACUUGAAAAUGUGAGUCUCAAGAUUGCUUUCUGCUGCUGCUGCUGCAGGUAUCAGAAGAGGCCCUCCGUGCUAUGUCCUGCACUCAAGGGCCGGAUGCUGCCUGCUAGCUUUUCUCUGUGCUUUUCAUCAGAUUAGGAUAUAUGUUUUUCCAAGACUUCUGUGCCUCAUAAAGUUGACUGGCUUUGCAUUGUCUGGAAAAGAGGGCAGAAACCUAAAGAAUUAGUCAUCAUAUGGCUUGUGCAAGUCCCAUUCCUGCUAGUUAUCCCCCUGUUCCACGAUGAGGAUUUUUCCUACCUAUGACAAGUCCUGCACCUAAGCUGGGACACUGAGAAUUCCUAGGGCAGGGAUGGGUCACAUUUUACAGUACUCAAAAUGGCUGCUGCCAGCAAGUUUAGACUCUUGCCUUUGUAUUUUGAUUCCUUGGGACCACCCUUCUCCAACCUAGCAAACUUCAUGGGAACUGUAGUUCAAUAUAUCUGGAAGCUACCAGGUUGUGGGAGUCCAUGUUAUGCUUUGAUUUCUGCCUCUCCUUUUCUCCUCUUGUGUUUUUCCCCUUUUCCUUCUAUCAGAUCCAUACUGCUGCAGAUAACAAAAAGGAGUGAGGUAGCAUUUUGCUGAACGCCUUCAUACCUCAUGAGUACUCACAGUCAAGGGUGCCCACUCUUGCAUUGUUUUAUUGCACUACUUGCUCUUACAGUCUUAAGAAAAAGUCAACAUGUUUCCAGUAUAUGCUUUUGAUACUAAUAAAGUGAAAUUAAUGGCUACUUUAUGGUAUUUCUACUCAUCUCAAACUAUGUCAGCAGCAAUAUUUUCAAUACAGAGGUUUUUUUU